GUUGUUUACGAAAAUGAGAGAACGAAAGCCGAAUGUCCGGCGCUUUGACCGAAUUCCAAACCAAUGGUGCACAUGGGCUCCAGUAUCCUGCAGGAACAAAUGGCGUAUGAACCAAUUGUUGGUCACCGGCUUCCAUGGGACUGCAUCUUCUUACGAUGCUCCACUGCCUUGUGGGUUAGAUCUUCAGGUCGAAGGCUCGGGGAGUGGCCCCCUAAGAAAACCACAUGCUUCGGUUUGGGCACCUGGGCAGUAUCACCGCCCGCACACAAAAAAUGACGAACUGUCUAUAUAUAUAUAAUAUUAUAUAACUCUUAAGUAACUAGAUUAUAUGUUUACAUUCCUUCCGUCAUAAGCUUUCAUUUGGCUAUCGCAAUACGAUUUGCCAUUCUUAACUUGUUCCCAACAUAUCGGUCACAGUAUCCCACGUUCACAGAUACUUUUGGCGUUGUCUUGUAUGACAUUUCUUUUCUCAUUCUGUAUUAUGAUGCGGUCUGGUCUGCUUGUAUGUAGACCGAGUAUGUCUGAAAUAUACGAUGCACACAGUGGAGUCUGAUAUUUUUGUUCUAGACUGAACGGUCUGUGCUAGGCGAGAAGUUGCUAUACAGAGGACCAAUAAGAAUUGAGAGUUGACUGAAGGCUGUUCGUGCUGGUUAACGCAUCAUUGCUUUAGCAAAGGGGCAAGGUUAUAUAAGUCGGUAUUCAAAAAGGCGAUUUUAUCACGUUAUUUGAUGGACCAUAGGACAACAAGUUGGCGACGGGAUGGAAAGUCUACGACCUCGACUUUCACAAAGGAAUCGAGGCCAUCCAGUAGUUGAACGAGAAUCAGUGUAAUUAUUUGAACACAACGUACAGAGCUGUCGUCGGUGUCCUUGCACGACAUUAGUUAUUAAUUAGUCAUUCAGUCUUUUUCUUAUUACUGUUCUGACUCAUGCAGAAGAAGAAAAUCAAUAUGUCAACUUUAAUGGAGCAAAUGCAAUUAUUUCUUCAGCAACAACAGAGUCGAUUUUUAGCUUCUCAAGAACAGAUGCUUACAUCACUUACAUCAAAAUCUUCAAUCCAGUCCAAAUGCACCGCAAAAGAUGAGAUAAUAGAACCAUUACUUAAAUUAGUCCCAAAACUUAUUUUUGAUUCGGAAAGUGGUCAUAUAUUUGAAUUAUGGUUCGCUAGCAUCGAAUAUCUUUCUCAGAUGAAAGGAACGUAAGAUUGGUAUCACAAAAACUUGACCCACAAGGACACUAAAUAUGGAAAUUUUAUCCUGCCAAGACACCCAAGGGAGUUGAGUUUUGAUGAAACCGCUGGUAUUUUGAACAAGAUAUUUUGUGAACAAGCUUUGUUAUUUCAUAUUCGUUAUAGAUGCCUCCAGUUAAAAAAGGACUCUGGUGAAGAUUAUCUGACGUACGCAAGCAGGAUUAAUCUACAAAUUGAACGCUUAAAUUAAGUACAUUAUCAAAUGACCAAUUUAAAUGCUUAUUGUUUGUUUUUGGACUAUAGUCUUCCACAGAUGCCGAUGUUCGAACUCGAUUAUUAUCCCGUAUUGAUGACGAAAUGGUACUACAAAUAAUCACUGCAUUGCCAACGCUUGCUAAAUUUGAAGCAUGGCACUGCAAUCGUAGGAACUAGAUGAAAAACCCCGAAAAAUAGCAAUAUCCAUGCUGUUAAAUUCGAACAGUGUAGUUCGUCGUAUCAAUCCGUAUUAUGUUGUUGAUAAUUUUAGAUACGCCGCAGUGUAGGAGACGAUACCAUAUAUUUCACCUAUCCACACUGUCAAACGCUUUCUCAUAAUCAACUAAGUUGAUGUACGGUGACGACUUCUAUUCAUUUGAUUGUUCAACUAUGAUCCGUUGCUUCUACCUUUACAUGGUGGUCGGGUUUGCCUAUCGUAAUAAAGCAAUUGAGCUAUACUGGCUGGAACAAUCGUUCCUCAAGGUCCUACUAUACCAGACAGGUCGGUUAAAGAGCGAUAGGACUAAAAGCAACAAACCAAAGGUUCGAGGGCGAAGUCGUACUGCUAACUGUACAGAGGUGUGACAGCGGUUAGGUGUUUUCUUCAGACAAUUAGAAUAAUAGGGAUGCUGCCUUCCCACAAGUAGGGGUGGAUUUAGAAAGGUUCGACCCUAAAAAUGCACACCAUAUCCCAGCAAUUACGGAGCUUGCACGGAAAUUAAUCAUAAAAAGAUCAUCUGUAACCGAGCUCAAGCAGUUGUCUCUUGGACACUGCGGUCACACUCUCAGGUCACUAAAUCCACUACUUACCCAAGUUAUUUUUCAGGUGCCUCUAGAAGAACCCUUCUACAAUGUGGGCAACUGUGAAGUGAUGACUGCCCUCAUACCUCUAACAGCACUCAAUAUCACUGUGGAGUCGAGAUUCGAGCAAUGAUUUUUGUCCAUUGUUAAUUAUCACCUGUUAAGAUCAACAAUCAAAACACUGACUGUGUCAAACCAAUGACGUGUUAACCAGUUUGAGCAACCUAGUGCCAAUUUUAGUUCUUCACACCUAGCCUUUUUGUUAGGUUCCAAAACAUAAAUCUCAGCUUCCACUGUAUGAAUCAUAUGGUUCGGACAUACUUGGUUUAUAUACAAGUAAACCAGACCACACUAUAAAAUAAGAAAUAAUAAUUAUACGAGAACAAGCCAAAAAGUGGCUGUGAUUGUGAGAGACAGUAACUAACAUAUUGGGAAUAACUUAGGAAUAUUAAAUCGUAUAAUAGUAGUUCAUAGGUCACAUAAAAGCUUAUGAUAAAAAGAAUAUAAACAUAAUCGAGUUAUUUAACAGUCUAUAAAUAGUCUCCAGGAGUUACCCACAAUUUAAUCUUUUCCGGUUAUAACAACAUCUAUUCUCAGUUUCCAGCUAUAGAGUUAUAAAUCUGACGAAACUUCUCUCCCUAGCUUCAUUUGUAAUCAGUGUGAUUUUUGUAUGUGGAAAGUUGUGCACUACGCUAACAUUUUUCCUUUAUUGCGCAUUAACAGAUGUGUUUAUCAGUUACACAACAAGUUUAGCCUUACUGUUUUUGUAAGCAGAUUUUGUCUUAAUUCCCUUAACCUGCAUUGUGUAAACAAAAAACAAUAUAUGACCUGUUUCUUUCCACAGAAUACUUUUCAUUUUUCAUUGUUACUAUUAUUAUCGUUAUUAUUACUAACAAUAAUAUUUCAAAAUGUUUACUAUUGUCCGUUGAACAGAAAGUUUUUUUUUUGAAAAUAUGCACAAAAAUAGCAUCUUUAUAUUCAUGUGAAUUAAUAUUUAUGUUUACAACCUGUUGUUUAUUUCACAUAGAUUGGAUAAAAAUGUUUUAAGUAUUUAUAUCUAUUUAUGAAUAUUUGUUGUUUUUUUUCAAAUUUAUUAUAUCGAUGGUGUGUUACUAUUUCAUCACAGUUUCCAUUCAUACAUGAUGAAUAUCCAGGCAUGCUGAAAAAUGCACCGUGAAACGUUUUUAAAAUAUUGUUAAAAUCAUUUUAAGCGAUCUUAUCGCAUCAACACGACGUGAUGAAAUUAAAAAGAAUAGCAAAUUAAAUCGAAUUAAUGUUAGUUUCAAUGGUAAUGUAAAAUAUUGAACAUCAAGAGUACUGUUCGAAAAGACAAAAUGAAAAGCUAUUCUUGAAGAAAUACUGCAAAUCAAGAUUUACAAAAAAGAGUAAACAUAUCUUCCACAGCACACAAUAUUUCCAAUAAGCUAUCGUGAUUAUCAAUCUAAUCGCUAUCAAGUAGUCUACCCUUGCCAAAGUGGCUCAGACCAACAGUCAAUGACUAGUUCCAGUUAUAUUCUUUUGCUCUCCAUAUUUUUUUCAACUAGUUCCUAUACCACCUAAUAUCGAAGUAGGCUGUUGUUCGACAUCAGUAAUACAUUCAUCACCUCAGUUGAUGAAGAUCUAAUACCUAAUCAAUUAAUCUGCCUGCUAUGUUUGAAGGGAUUACGAGCUCACCUAAAUCUGCAAAAGGAAACGGAGAUUCAGCGACACAAUGACCAGAGAAGCUAUUCUGAUGCGUCCCAGCUUCCGCUAACUAGAGAGUGGGGUCCAGGUUCAGAAGAAGGGAAAUAUAUUCCAAAAGCAUCAGCAACAUCAACAAGCACAACUUAAGCGUAUAUAUACAGCGUAGAAAUGUCCAUGGAAAACAUCAUGAAAUAUCAUAUUAAAAGGGACUUCAAACCGAAUAGGAAGUAGGAUAUGAAGGUGAAAAUAAGAAAUUCAAAUAUCCAAAAUAAAAUUACAAAAACAAGACAUUUAUUAAGCGAGUUCUGAGGAUCUAGCAUCCUCAACACUACUUUCUCUGCCUAAUAGUUUGUGUCUAGCCUCAACAUCGCUCAUUCAGUCGCAUUACGAAUCAUAAUCAAUGUUUCCAAUAUUUAUACUUUAUCGAAUUUCACAACUUUGAGUGGUUGAGAACAUAAACUUUCAUAAUCUGUUAUCUAAAUUUUUCUAAUAGGGAGAAUAAAAAUAAAUUUGUUACAAUUUGUCUAUGUAUAAAUCUGAAAUUGGCGUAUGACCGAAUCUGAACAUAACUCUUACUGGACAAAUAAUUCUGCUAGUUGUGUAUAAAUAUAUGUUUCGAAUUGCAUUAAAAUGUGGUAUGCAAUUGAAAAGAAAAACUUUGAACGCAGUAAAUUCCUACUCUCUGUUUCUACUUAAAUGGAGUCUGAAAACACUAGAUUGUAAUCACAUUGUUUAAUAACUAACAAUAACUAUAGGAAUUAUCAUUCUUUUUAUGUAGUCAUUCACUUGCUCCUAGUUUUACAUAGUUUAUUUAUAGCCUAUGUGAUUUGUAUAUCACCUAGACAAUCAAAAAUACUGUGCCAUAUACUUUAAACUUAGACUAUCAUAUCGAACGUUGAUUAAUAAAUAUGAAAAUAAACUUAUCACUUUAUUAAGAUCUCCGAUUCGUCUUUGAUACUAGAUUUGGAAUUUAUCCAAUUUAAUUAUUAUUAUCACUAUACUGAAAUCUCCCUACCGUUGCUUCUACCUUUACAUGGUGGUCGGGUUUGCCUAUCGUAAUAAAGCAAUUGAGCUAUACUGGCUGGAACAAUCGUUCCUCAAGGUCCUACUAUACCAGACAGGUCGGUUAAAGAGCGAUAGGACUAAAAGCAACAAACCAAAGGUUCGAGGGCGAAGUCGUACUGCUAACUGUACAGAGGUGUGACAGCGGUUAGGUGUUUUCUUCAGACAAUUAGAAUAAUAGGGAUGCUGCCUUCCCACAAGUAGGGGUGGAUUUAGAAAGGUUCGACCCUAAAAAUGCACACCUCACCCGUAGCAGGUGACUAUGUAGACUGAAAAGUUUUGUGGCACUGUCUGUCAUUGAAAGAAGUACCACAGAAGUGCAUAAAAUUUGUGAGGGCUCUUUACUCGAUCAUUAACAGUCUAGUCAGAGCUUAUGGCGUGUCAUGUAUGCAUGAACGCCGAUUACCACGACUCUCAGAGUCGACCUCAGUGGCGCUCAUGCAUUCACAUGCUACCUCUAUAGAUCAGUGUUUCCAAUAUUCCUCCAUACAUACCUUCCCAUCAACUUUUCGAACCACAUUCUUAAUGUUUAUUCUUUCUUAUUAUGGUUGCUGCUACAUUAUUUCGGUUUCUCUGACGUACAUCUUGUUAAUUUCAUUUCGUCGACCUAACAUGAUAUGACAACUUAGACCAACUCCUGUUUGAGCCGAGCUCUAUGUUGAUGUCUAUUUUUCUGAGUUCACCCUUAUCAAGCAGCUUUCGUUGACAUACAUUUUUGUCUGUCUCUUUGUUGAUUAUUUCUAACUGGUUGUUUAAGCAUCAUAUGUGCCAAGCUCUUUGUUCACUAUGACUGACACGUAUUAACGACGUCGAAUUUCGGGCUACUGGUAAGAUCUGAAAGUUUCUACAAGUUGUAUAUAUUUCUGUUAGAAACCCUUGAAACUAUACCAUAUAUAUUGCAGGCCUCAGGGUAUUUUACUGAUUACAUGAUCAUUCUAUGACACCGCUUCAUGAACAGAAAAUAAUUAACAUGAGUUUCAAUAAUAAUGUAAAAACUAAAACUCAACUGAAAACUUGUUACGAGACAUUACUACAAAAUACAUCCACAUAAGCAUACGAGAAGCGAUGAUUUUAGGUUUGUUUACAGUCAGUCAGUCAUACUCAAUGUAGGACCUGUCACAUAUGUGAAUCGGUGUAAGUUGUCACACUACACUAGCAUAGCGAAAUGAAAUUAUCAAGAUAAAUCCCAGAUUGUUAGAAAGUUUAACAGUACCAGUAAUAAUAGAAAGGAUUAGGUAGACAACAAACGGAAAAGUUGUAGCCUUAUUAUAAUAUUGAUUCGAUAGCAUGAAAUGCCAAACAAAGCCAACUGCUUUGCAUAGAAAAUUUUUAAAAGUAGGUACACCAGUAAAACAAAUGAAUUUCAAGUACAGAUUGUGAUUAAAAUCCACAAUAAUCUAAUUAUCUUUGCUUUCCGGUGGGUAUAAUAGUAGCAUCUGACUGAAUAGCAUUCAAAAACAGAUUACCUUUCUCGUAGAGCAAAGAGCCAUUUGAGUUUUCUUUUUCAGAUCGCAGGAAAUAGAUCAAGUCUUGUGGUUUAAGUGUGUGCGAGAAUUCAGCUUAAAUAAGCAAAAACAAAGAGCUUUAUGAGAUCAUAACUGGAACCAAACCACAUUUAUAUAAAUGUGGAUCAAAACUAAGAGUAAAAUUUCAGUGUUUUUAUCUCUUCAGAUACAAGUACCAAAAAUGGGGACUAACUAAAAUCAUAGCUGCUGCCAUUAAUCAAAAAUCCCUCGACAUUUGAUCAGCUAUAUUCACAAUGGUUUUAAACUUAAGCCAUCGGUGAAGUGUUUAAAAGUAAUAUCUAUCAUGAAUUUACGUAUCAGUAAACAUGAUAAAUGAAUUGCUUUUUAUAUAUUUUUUUCUCUCUACUCUCCUAAGAAAGCCAUGGAUAACUUCGUUCUGUUUAAAGAUCUAGUGGAAUCCAACAUAGAUUUGGACUAUGUUAACCAACGAAAUGAGUUCAUUAUUCGUGCUGAUAAAGAUCCGUUGCUACAAGAAAUAAGGAAUAAAUUAGACAAUUUGGAGGAAAGAAUUCGGGAUGAAUUUAGACGUUGUGCAAAAAAGCUGAACUUGGAACAGAAUAAAUCUAUCAAGUUGGAAAGCAAUGAGCUACAUGGAUAUUUUAUGCGUGUCACACUCAAGGAUGAGAAAUGUUUAAGAGGAUUUGAAACAUUUGAAAUUUUGGACACACAAAAAGGUGGUGUACGUUUUCGUAAUAACCAAAUGACUUCAUUAAAUGAAACUUAUGCUGAAGUGAAACAAGAAUAUAAUGGAUUACAAGAAGUGGUUGUACAUCAAGUUGUUUGUGCCGCAGGUAACUACUUUUUUACGACUACUUGUCAUGUGUCUUAAGACUUUCUUAAAUAUCACCUGUUAAAUUCACUAUUGGAAACUCCGAAUAUUUUUCUCUUUAUCUAGUCCCUAAUAUUUCAUAUAUAGCUUAAAUUCAUAGACUUGGACAGUUACAUUUCUGAUCCGCACAGUUAGCCUUGAACCCAUUUAAGGUAAACCCCUAAUGGUUCGCUAUCCGUAAGGUUGUCUCUAUUUUUUGCCUUGAGUCCAAAACGAAGUCAAAAGUCAGCCUCUCUCACAUUAUAUUUUAAGCACUCCUGAGUUUAUUUACAAACAUACCUGACCACAUCACAUCACCCAAAAUGUCUGUGAGUGGGGAAAGCCGCACACGAUUUAUUGGGAAUAACUGAAGGUUAAUAAUUAGUAUGGUAAUAGUUAACGGGUAAAUAGGAGCUAAAGAUAAACUCAGUAUAUGAAUAUAGUAAUCCAG